AAGAAAACAAUGGUGUCGAUUCUAGCGUGAUUCUCUAAACUUAAAACUAAAUUUAACAUCAGUCUCUCCUUUUCAUUUUGUAUUGAGAAUGACAAGGAUGCACUGUUGUCAAAAUUAAGUUUAGCUUUAGAGAAUCAUGUCAGAAUCGACAUCAUUGUUGUCAAAUUUAAGUUUAGGUUUAGAGAAUCAUGUCAGAAUCGACACCAUUGCCAAGUGAUCGGUUGAGUAGAAUAUUUUUUUUUUAUUUUUCUCAAUUUGCUUUUUGUGAAUUUGACACCACAUUGUUUUUUUUAUUUCUUAAAAAGCAUGAUAACGACAGUCUGUGGUCAAGUUUACAAAUAACAAAUACGAAUUGCCAAGUGGAGUGCCGGCAUAACAUAAAAAUCAAUAUUAUUUUACGCCCUAAUCUUUCGCUCGUUUCAGUUCGAUUGUUCGUUCAUUCUGGUUCUAUUCGUACAGGGCACAUCGUACAGUUUUAUUUCAUCAACGUCGAUUCAAUUUCUUUCUACCGGAGCAGUGGCGAGGAUCGACCCUGCUCGAAAUAAAUAUCUUAGAAUAUCACGGACAUCACCAAUUAACAAACAACCAAUAUAAUGUCUGGAAGUUGGAAUAAUAGCCGUGGAAACGGCGGUUCCAAGUUUGGAGGAAAUAAAUAUGGUAACACUGGCUCACGAUUUGGUGGCGGUGGCGGCGUUGGAAACCGUUUUGGUGGACAAGGCGGAGGAUUUGGCGGCAAGAAAGAGUUCACGGGGGGACAAAACAUGCGUCGCCCUAACUGGGAUUCUAUGUCAUUACAACCAUUCAACAAAGAUUUUUACAAUCCACACCCUUCAGUGCUGAAAAGAUCGCCAUACGAAGUGGAAGAAUACAGAAACCAACAUGAAAUAACUGUUGGUGGAGUUGAAGUGCACAAUCCCAUCCAACAAUUUGAAGAGGGCAAUUUCCCUGAUUAUGUAGUUCAGAGUAUUAGUAGCAUGGGAUACAAAGAACCAACUCCCAUACAAGCCCAAGGUUGGCCAAUAGCUAUGUCUGGUAAAAAUCUUGUAGGAAUUGCUCAGACUGGAUCAGGAAAGACACUGGCCUAUAUCUUGCCUGCCAUUGUUCACAUCAACAACCAGCCACCAAUCAGAAGAGGUGAUGGUCCUAUUGUAUUAGUCCUGGCACCAACACGAGAGUUAGCACAACAAAUUCAACAAGUUGCUACAGACUUUGGUAAUGCAUCUUAUGUACGCAAUACUUGUGUAUUUGGUGGAGCACCAAAAAGGGAACAAGCACGUGACCUGGAGAGAGGUGUGGAGAUUGUGAUUGCUACACCUGGUAGAUUGAUUGAUUUCUUAGAAAGAGGAACCACUAACCUUCAGCGUUGCACUUACCUAGUUUUGGAUGAAGCUGAUCGUAUGUUGGAUAUGGGUUUUGAACCUCAAAUAAGGAAGAUCAUUGAUCAGAUUCGGCCUGACCGGCAAACACUGAUGUGGUCAGCCACAUGGCCAAAGGAAGUUAGAAAAUUGGCUGAAGAUUAUUUAGGUGAUUACAUCCAAAUUAACAUUGGAUCAUUACAACUAUCUGCUAAUCAUAAUAUUUUACAAAUUGUGGAUGUCUGCCAAGAACAUGAAAAGGAGAACAAAUUAAAUGUCUUACUUCAAGAAAUUGGUCAAAGUCAAGAACCAGGUGCGAAAACAAUAAUUUUUGUAGAAACAAAGAGGAAAGCCGAAAGUAUUACAAGAAAUAUUAGAAGAUAUGGUUGGCCUGCUGUUUGUAUGCAUGGUGACAAAACACAACAAGAAAGAGAUGAAACUUUAUAUCAGUUCAAACAAGGAAGAGCUAGCAUUCUUGUUGCAACUGAUGUUGCUGCUAGAGGUCUUGAUGUGGAUGGUAUCAAAUUUGUCAUCAAUUUUGAUUAUCCAAAUUCUUCUGAGGAUUAUAUCCAUCGAAUUGGUAGAACUGGACGUUCAAAGACGAAAGGAACAUCUUAUGCCUUUUUCACACCAUCCAAUUCGCGGCAAGCGAAAGAUCUUGUAUCUGUACUCCAGGAAGCCAAGCAGAUGGUGAAUCCUCAAUUACAAACAAUGGCCGACCGUUCUGGUGGCGGCGGUGGCGGCUGGAACAGGAACCGCUUUGGAGGCGGUCGCGGCGGCGGUACUUUUAAGCGCGGCGGCAAUUUCGGGAGAGGCAAAGCGCAAGGGGGUGGCGGCGAUGCUCAUAAACGAUUUAUCGACUAUUAAGUUACACAUAAGCAUAGUUAAUUUUAGCGGCAAAUCCUCAUAGGAAUACGUGUGUGAAAGUGUAAUAAUAUUGGUGUUUUGAUUGUCUGAAUCUGCAAUUGUGGUUAGUUUAAUUUAUUUAAAAGGUUAUUUGAAAUACCUUAAUCAUCCAAUUUUUAUUUAUAAGUUUUAUUGCACUGUGAUAAUUUUUACUGUGAUUCAAGUGAGGAUUAGCUAAUUCAAAUGAAUAUGAUAUAAAAUCUCAAGAAGCCAGCUUCAACAUAUUUGGUGUCUGUUAAACAACUCUUCUCCAUUCAUUCGAUAUUGUUUUUAGUAUUACCGCCAUUCCACUGUUCAUUAAAACAAUCUUCUGGAGUUUACAAUAAAUGUACAUUAUAAAAUUUAAGUUUUUUUUCUACUUCUGAUCCUUCCCCCACCCGUACAGGCCCCGCAGCCCAAGAAACGUCCUUACA